UCGGCCUAGGUCGGGAACAUGGCCGCGCGGUCCUUGUGGGCGGUCCGGCGGCGGGUGCAGCACCUCUUGGCCUCGAGUGCCGCGUCUGACGGCAGGAGAUGUCUGCAUCCUUUCAGCACUGCCACCCAGAGAACUGCUGGUGAGGACUGCAGUUCUGAGGAUCCUCCUGAUGAGCUUGGGCCCUCUCUUGCAGAAAGAGCCUUAAAGCUAAAAGCUGUUAAACUGGAGAAGGAAGUCCAGGAUUUAACAGUGAGAUACCAGAGAGCUAUAGCCGAUGGUGAAAACAUAAGAAGGCGAACCCAGAGAUGUGUAGAAGAUGCCAAGAUAUUUGGAAUUCAGAGUUUUUGUAAGGACCUGGUAGAGGUGGCAGACAUUUUGGAGAAGACUACAGAGUGCAUUUCCGAAGAAACAGAGCCUGGGGACCAGAAGCUCACUGUAGAGAAGAUCUUCCGAGGGUUGUCACUUUUAGAAGCAAAGCUGAAAAGUGUGUUUGCCAAGCAUGGCCUGGAGAAGAUGACCCCCAUUGGUGACAAAUACGACCCGCAUCAGCAUGAACUUAUCUGUCAUGUGCCGGCUGGUGUUGGGGUGCAGCCUGGCACAGUGGCAUUAGUAAGGCAAGAUGGCUAUAAGCUUCAUGGCCGCACCAUUAGACUUGCCCAGGUGGAAGUGGCAGUGGAGUCUCAGAGAAGACUAUGAAUGGGCCAUGAGGAACUGAGUGUCCUUCAGAGUGCAGUCACCUGUGUUUCCUUUAUUUAUUAAACUAGGUUUGUAUUGUACAUGAGCUACUUCAUGUGAUCUGUUUUGGGGUUAGUCAUAUUGGCUUUAUUUCUAAGACACUCUUGAUUUACUGUGACCUGUUUGGUCUUAUCAGAAGUCUUGCCAUUGGGCAUUUGAACAAUGUGACAAGUGUUCCUUUGGCCUCUAUCAAAGUAUGUUUAAGAAAAUUAUCUUUAAAUUCAUACUCUGGUGACUUUUAAUCCAAAAUCUCUUUACUAGGUGGAAAUGAGUGUAUGUUUAUGUAUUUUCAACUGAAUGUUCCUUUCUAAUAGUCCUUAUUACCAGAAUUAUAUAGGAUCUUGUAUUUUUGGGGGAAAGGGACUGGUUUAGCAUUUGGGUACUUAGAUGAUAAAGCCUUAUAGUUGUAUGAAUUUAGAUCAUUUGGAUUGAUUUUUAUACAUACAGAUUUUCAGGACUUUACCUUUUUUAUUUUAUUUUCCUUUUAGCCAUUUUUUGGUCCUUAUAGUUCCUGCCAGACAGACUUUAUAUUCACACUCAUUUUUUUCCGCUUCCCAUUUACAAGGGCUAACGACCCAGGCAAGACUUGGAAGGCAGGGAACAUCAAGAAAUUAAAAUACCCAGUUCCCUUUAUGUCACAUGUGUAAACAUGUCAAUCCCCUUUUAUGUAUUGACUUCCUAGAGUUAAUGAGCCUAUGUGUUUAUUUUUUAUUCUUUCAGUCUUGCUUCUUAUAGCUGGUGUUUCAUAAAAGGUUUGUUCAAUAUAUGGUAGUGAAUGGAAGAUACAUUAGACUUUAGAAAGGAGGUCACUUAUGGCUAUUUUAGUGCUAGAAGAGGCCUGAAUGAUGAUCUGAUUUCACCCUUUCUGCAGCUUCUGAAGUAUGAAAACAGUGUUUUUAGAAUUGGACUCAGAAAAAAAAUCUCUGAAACUAGUGAACUAAAUUUCAGUGAGGACUUGAAUAAGGAACAACUGGAUGUUAAUUUAAGAUUAGUCAUUUUAAGAUUCAUUAAAAUUCAUUCAUUCUUUAGUCAUUUAAGAUUCAGUAGUUCUUUAAUGAACAUACAAAUAUGUCCCCAGUAGACACUUAAGUGUUAGCUGUCCAGAUCGCAUAGGUUUAGGGUUUUCUUUUCCUUCAUUGUUUUAAUUGCAUAGGUUUAGGUUUAAGUUGGUUACCCAUAAAAUAAAUCCAUUUCUAAUGGAACUCUGUGACCUCUUUCAGUGGAGUGGUAAAAGUUAUCCUCUUGGACAUAUGUAAUUCUAGGAUACUGUACAGACUUGUAACAAUAAAGCCAUCCACCAAUGGGCCCUACCAUCUCCACCAGAUUUAGACACUUAAGAAAAAAAACUGCAUGCCUUUAAAACGCAAACAAAGCCAUGGCGGUAAGAUUUUAAAACCAGAACCUCUUAGCAUCCCACUAAGUGCACAGUGUAAAUUUAAUGAACAGUUAGAUUUUGCAAUAGGAAUUUGUCUUUUUUUUUUUUUGCCUGCGUUCCUUUGAGAGUGACAGAUAGCGACAAGAAAAUAAGCCAAUUAUAAUUAUAAAUGUGUUCUUGGAUUGCUAGCUGUCAUUACCAGUGAAUUAAAAUAACCAUAACUUUAGGUAUGGAAUGUUCUGAUUACUUGAAGAGUUUUCUAAUAGUUCUUGUAACCUGUUUUAGUUGGUAGAUUGAGAAUAAAUUUUAGAUACUUUUAUUUUCCAGUAGUUUUGCAGACUUAAAAGUGUAAAUUUAGAAAAUGGAGCUAUGUCAGUAAGAAUCUCAAAAAGUUGAAGGGUUUUGGGGAGCUAGGGCAGCAUAAUUGAGCAUAGACCUGAACAUAAAUCCCAGCUCAGUCAUCAGUGUAACCUUGGGCCCCAUUCAUUUCACCCUUCUGAACCUGCUUCCUUAUUUGUAAAAUGGUUAUAUUCUUCUCACAGUACUGUGGGGAUUAAAUGAAAUGUGUAAAUUGCCUAUUAUAGUAGGCUCUCAAAUAUUUAUUUUUAUUGCUUUUUAUUUUACACAUUGUUUUUCCUACAUUUUUAUAGCUGCCUAAAGUCUAAGAAAAGGGAAAUACUGGUUAAGAGAUGCUUAACUAUUAAAACUUACAAGGUAAUCAGAACGACUUAUUUUCCUUCCAGCUUCUGGUUGUUUGGGGGUUUGUUUGUUCUUAACCAUAGCAUAAGAAAUCCACAGUUUUAGACUGAAGGAACAAGAAAAUUGUGUUGGUGCUCUGAAUCAUUUUCACCUUGAUGGUAACAUGAAAAGACAUUGGCUUGCAGAAGAUGUAUAACGAAGCUUUCACUCACUUAAAGGGGGAUCUUGGUGUUUUGGUAUUUGCAUUCUACAAAUCUUACAGAUUUUUCUUACUGCCAUAAAGGAAUCAGUCAGUUUGAUACUGAUGUAACUUCCUUGGUGCUUUCAUGGCAAAGGAUUUGAUAAGUGAAUAAAGGAUCUUAAACACUAAUGCAAAAUCAAAUAGGGAAAACUAAGGAUGAUAUAUGAUAUUCAGAAAUAACUUUAAUAAAACUGACUUGAAAUAACUGCAA